CUGAAGCGUAUUUCCCCGUAAGUCGAGCAUACCAUGGUUAGAUACGCUGCUACCGCUGCCAACCCUGCCAAGGCUUCCAAGUCCAGAGGCUCUUACCUCCGUGUUCACUUCAAGAACACCCACGAGGUCGCUGCUGCCAUCAAGGGCUUGAAGUUGAGCAAGGCUUACAGCUACCUGAACAAUGUCAAGGAGCACAAGCAGUGCAUUCCUUUCCGUCGCUUCAACGGUGGUGUUGGCCGUACCGCUCAGGCCAAGGAAUUCGGCACCACUCAAGGUCGCUGGCCCGUCAAGUCUGUCAAGUUCGUCCUUGACUUGUUGAAGAACGCUGAAUCCAACGCUGAGGCCAAGGGUUUGAACGUUGAAGAGCUCUACAUCUCCAGCAUCGUUGUCAACCAGGCUCCCAAGCACCGCCGCAGAACUUACCGUGCUCACGGUAGAAUCAACCCCUUCAUGACCUCUCCUUGCCACAUUGAAGUCAUUCUCAAUGAGAAGGAUGAAGUUGUUCCCCGUGCUACUGACAAGAAGGUCGUCCGCUUGAACGCUCGCCAGUUGGCCCGCAAGAACCGUCUUGCUCGCGCUUAAACAUAGAUAAAUGGUUUGGCUCGGGAAGCAUCAUAAUAAACUUUUAUGUUGUAAAAAAAAAGUGCU